CAUAUCCUACCAGCAAGGGGUAUGUUUGGUCUUUCCAGUAUAAAAAUAAAGACACCUUGUGUUGUUAUUUUUUAACCUAAUCAAUGAUAGGUUAACACAAAGCCAAACAACAAAAACUUCCCAGGAAUUUUGGCGUUGGCUCAUCGAGGUGAAGACAUCAGCUUUCAGUCAAAGUAACAACACAUUUGUUGUUCAGCUUUAGCCAGUAACGACUGACCCAUGGAGGAUGGCAUGGACAGUCCAGUGGCCGUGAAGGUGGAGGGCCACUCCCGCAGCGUGAUCCUGAGGUACUUCCGGGGCGACAUCGGGAGUAUGGUGGACGCCCACUUCAACCGUGCUCUCAGCAAAGACUUCAAAGACAACUUGCUGGUUGUCAAGCCCAAGAAAAUGCGUAAAAACAUCAAAUUAGAGGAGAGCAGCACUUCUCAGGCUAACCUGGCCGAGCCGCUCCCCGUGACGGGACGGUACUUGGCUUUCGGCUCUACCGACAACCCUUCCAGGCCAUGGCACUCGUUCAUCGCCAGAACUGGGGAGGCUUCGGGGUUGCCGUCCGCCGUGUAUUCGGCGGAAGACCUGAGCUUGACCGGGCAGCAGUACGCCUCGUCCCUGCUCAACCUCCUGCACAGCGACCGCGCCGAGAUGGGGCCUGGCGUGGCUUCCAGCUCCAAGGCGGAACAUCCGGCCAACUGGAUGGUGCCUCAAGGAUUUAGAGACUCUGUGGAGCCUGCUGGAGGCUUUGAGCAUGGUAAGCCUUCGUAUGUAAUACAGCAUCUGCCAUCAGUCUUUCUUGGAAGCUAUCAAACCUUCCAAAAUGGACAUAAUUAGAAGCACAAUCCAAAAAUGAACGAGUUCAUUGUCCUUUUUUUCUCAGUAUGUUGCUGAGGGACUAUUACACUCAAAAUACCACCAUUUCCCCAUUGCUGCCAGCAAUUCAGUCCACAUUAGUAGCCAGCUGCAGCUUUCACCCUCCAGUCACAAAAAAGCAUGAGGACAAAUAUGUUGCUUGAACUGUCUUUUUUUUUAUGAGGAAUUAAAACAAAAACAGGACUACAGUCCUUAAUGUGCCAACUCCAACAUGCAACACAAUAUGAUAGGAACGAUGGUUAAAGUCGCAUUCAGUCUCCGCCAUUGAUCACUUUGCAUUACACGCAUCGCUGGCUGACUAUACAGUACAAACUAAAUUUGAUAUCUAAUCUAUUGUUAUAUUACAAAACAAAACAAAAUCCAUAUUAUGACCGUUUGAUUGACCGCACUGAAUCGGUUACCAAAUACGGCGUUUAUUCCCUGACAUACUGUAUGAAGGCCCGUAUAGAGUGCGUUCUCUUGGAAGUACCUAAACAAACCUGGCACUCUAACGAAAAUGAACCGUUGUUCAAAAACCGUUCACAGAUGCCGGAGUGAGCGCGUUCAUCAGGCAGAAAUAAAUUUGGCUCAGUUUACCUUUGCCCAAAAUAUAAACUAGUUCAUGAACUUUCGUUCAUUUAACUUUUUCAGGUACAACACUGAUUACGACUUUUUAUCCUGACAAAAUACAUCUUUGUUCUUGUAAAGAUUGUGGGCUCUAUCUUUGUGACGCGCAAGUCUGAGUUAGACCGGGUGCUUGUAAUUUUGCAGACGAGGCCAGCCGGCGUAUUUAAAAAAAAAAAGUGCUGUCUGCAACUCGUGGGUGUGAACCUAGCUGACUUCACCGCCAAUCAAAACGGCUUCUUUCAUUCAUUCCCUUCAAGUGAGGCGCAAUGCAGUCUCGCAUGGAGAGAGUGAUCCGUGCCUGUCUGGAGCAUUAUCACUUGGUGUGGCAAAAGACGGCGGAAUUAAAUACAGUAUGAGCUAGUGAUAACCGCGGGCGACUUUAAUAUGUCCGCGCACCCCACCCAUGCACGAUUGUUAUAGUUAAAAAAUUAAAAUGGGACGUCUGCGCUGGCGUGGGCAUGACCACAGCGGACUUCAAUCCCCUCCAAUCGAAGCGGGUAAUUGCAUACCUGUUAAAAACGCCACAAAUAGUCUAGCAGUAUUUUCGCUUCCGUGUUACUUUGUGCUGUUCUUGCUUGAAGUUGUUUCUUUGUCACGUUCAUUAAAAGUAAUUUUAUAACUGUACCACUGGCAUAAGCCUAACAUAAGCUUCAUACAAAACCAUAAACGGGAUAUGAAAAAAAACUAUUGCUAUACUUCUACUGUUUGUUUUUGUUUUUUGGGGGGGGGGGAUUGUAUCGUCGGAUUUGUUUUUAGAAUAUAGGCAUCUUUUCCAGAAGAAAAGGUGUGGCAGUACAAGAAUAAAGUUUUAGUUUUGAAAUUCACUUCCUCCUACUCCUUUUUGAACAUGUAUGUAAUUGAACUAGAUUUAUAUUUUAUUUUUUCAUUUUCACUGUUCACAUGUUCAAAAUAAAGAUUUCACUCAAUCAAUCAAAAAUAUGACUUUCUUUCUCCAUUAAACUUGCUUUAAAUUAAACUGAAUUUAAUAUCAAAAUGUCACAACUUUAUGCUUGUCGGCGAAACAACUUUUCUUUCGCUAAAAAAUAUGAACUUGUUACCGUACGUAACUUUCCGACUUCGUACUCAAAAAUAGGUGAUCCCUAUGGCAUUUGCAGAUGCAAAUUGUAGUUUUGGUUGUGGCAAUUAUAAAACGUUUUUCCUCAGUACGGGAGUCCCUGGACCCAAAAAGUUUAAGAACCAGUGCCAGUUUAGCUCAAAUUUAAUAUUCAAGCUGUUAUUGUUACAUACUGUUUCUUUUAAUUUACUUUUGACUGUAUGCCUUUGUAAGUUUUUUAUGAAUGAACCAGAGCUGCUUAGGACGGCUUCACAUGCGU